CGCGCCGCGGGAAUGGCGCGUCGGAUGCCUGAUGCUUUGGUGGCCUGGUUUUUGGGUGCUGGGGCUUGCUGGACAGGGGGUGUGUCUGGUCUUGUAUUUUGCCCGGGUCAGGCAGGUGAGGCCGUGGGAGGGGGCGGUGGGGGAUGGUGAUGGAGGAGGGGGUGGUGAUGGUGGUGGUGAGGAGGGAGCGGUUGAGGAGGGGGUUGGUGGUGAUAAUGAAGGUGACGGUGAUGGAAAGGAGGUAGAGAAAGGGGCGGUUGUUUGCGGGUGGAGGGAGCACCGGAGGAAGGGGACCGGGAGCAGCAGCAGUGUCGUCAGCGCUGCGAGCAAAGCAUGGAGCACCGCGAGUGUGGUUGAUCCGUUGAGGAAACCGAGUUUACAGGUGUUCGGGCCGGCGAAUGACUACUCCGGGGAGCCGUGGACGAGCGCGUACAAGGCGAAGGGGCUGGUGCGGCGGGUGUUUGACGAGACGGUGCCGGUGCAGGACAAGGCGCUGGUGAUGUGGCAGGAUCGGACCGUGUUCGUUGCGCUGGUAUGGGCAGGGGCGGUGUCGACAGCGUUAGCGGUAGGGUCGCUGUUUGUGCCUAGUGGGGGUUUGUUCUAGCAGGAGAGGCGCCGAUGAGGCCUGUAUUGACAAGGGCUUGUGGCUGACUGGAGGAGAUGUUUGCGUCGAGAGUGCCAGUGUCUCUCCC